AUGCCAGCGGACUCGGCCAAAAAGCCAGCUCGCAAAACCCCAAAGACCUAUCGCACGAGCAGGCGCACUCCUCCCAAGAUCCAAAAUGUAGAGUCCUCUCAACGCACUGGUUCCUACGAAGCGACGACCGUCCAGGAUCGCAUUCGGCAGUGGCAGGCCCAGGGCGCUGCAGAAGCUCUCGCUCCAGAUGCGGUGAGCGUGCGAUCAAUUCCCGUGUCUGAAUGUCCUUCAGGCGCUGCGAGACCGAGGUCUGAAUACGGUGAUGAGUCUAGUGUGCGCGGCGAUGGAAGGGCUAGGGAGAAGGCCGAGGGCAAUCCAGACAAAGCCAGGAGUAAGAGUGCUCCACGGCGCCGCAUCGUCAGUGACGAGCACUGGAAAAGCAAGGAAGACGCCAAAGACAAAGGCUCUAAACCCACAAGCAGCCGACGCCCAGAGUCGCGUCGGUAUGAUCCGUCCUACACAUCCAAUCAAGACACCACCAAGGAAUCUCGCCGCUCAAGGUCGCAUAGACCACUGCCUAGAGACGCCGAGAUCAAACCGGCAAUACCUCUUGACGACGGUAUCAGAGUAAAACCGCUGGACCAUGGGGAUCCCUCACCAGAGGAGGAAUUACUGUCCCAAGACGACGUGGAAAGCAGAGCGGAUGAUGACUUGGCCCGCCAACUGACCACGCAAUCGAUAUUUUCUGGUGAUCACGAAGGGUAUCCUGGGGGACCAAUCAGCGCCAACGGUGACGAACCAAGUACACGCAAAUCCAGCAGAUAUGCGGAACUGCUAGGCAGGGGCGGAGAUGGACUUGCAGCCGCGGAGCUGCCGAAAACUAGAAGAGGUGGGCUUCUGAACAAAACGCGAGAUAGGUUUAUGAAGUCGGAAAGUCUACCCCCGGCCAACAAUCGCAUACCCAGUAUCGAGGCAUGGCUGGAGGAGCAACCUGACCCCUUUGUGGAUGAUGGUGAACGAGAAGAUCUGCCACCGGUGGAAAUGCCCAAGCCGCUGCGGAAACGGACACACAGAAAGAGGACCUCGGAGGUAAAGCCUAUCCUGGCAGACCCGAAUCACAUAUGGGACUCUAUUUCCACACCUAAUGGACACGGACCUCCUGAUACACCAAAACAUGGUGACUCAGUAACCUCUUCGAACGGGGAUCGAGAUUCUGGUCCAAGACUUCGCACUCCUCGGACCGCCGACCAAGACGACAACGAUGGCUCUCCAUCCUCUCUGCGACGGAGAGGCGCAAAAGUCCGUCGACGCCGCGAUAUUUCCAGGCAAGACAUGAUGAGAAGUGGGGAUCACCCGGAAGCAGCUGGUCCUCUGGCUGAAAAUCCCUCACUUGAGAAGUCGACAAUCACGCCUACGAGUCCGCCCGUCCGACCUUGUCCUUCUGUAGGCGAACAUCGGCCCGUAGCAACUGCAUCUGCCGAGUCUUUGAGAGAGCCGUCCCUGGAGCAGCGCCCUGACCAGACUGUAGCGCCAGAAAGUAAUGGACUCAGACGCAAGCUGACGACUCAUGAAGACCUGAUGUCAGUCCUCUCUAUGCCAAGAGGAAGCAGGAACCGUCGAUCAGCACGGACUGCAAGAGGAUCACGAGCUAAACAGCGUUCCAGCUCUGCGCAGGAGAUACUGGACGGACUGGUGGCGGAUGAACAGAAGUAUGCACGAGAACUACAGACCCUUGUCGAUGGUGUCAUCCCGGUUCUUCUUCAAUGUGCAUUGUCUAAAACCGACUCAGCCGCGGCAGCAGAAUUGUUCCUCUCGUCGGAUAGUAGCUCGGACAAUCCGAAUAUGACAAAACCCAUCGUCGAGAUGGGCAUCGCGUUGGAGAGACUGAAAACCCUCCACAAGCGGAUCCCCCUCGAGAACGUGGACAGCCUGCUCAAUUGGGCAAAGACAUCUGAAAGGGCCUACCGGGACUAUUUACAUGCGUGGAGACUUGGCUUUGAGGAUGUUGUGGUAAACCUUGCUCCGAUUAACAGUUCCAGUCCUUCCGACCAAGGCAUUUCUCGGGACGAGGCGGGUGACCUGGUAGAUGGAGAAGGCAAGAAAGCAGAUGUGGCUUACUUGCUCAAAAGACCGCUGGUCAGGGUCAAGGCGUUCAGCAAGGCCUUCACCCGAAUUCAAGAUCAGUCCGACCUACCUCUAGCUGUCCAGAUGGCGGCUACCUAUGCGGACUUGACGGCACUAGCCGGGAGGCGAAAUCAAGAAGAACAGGCUCGAUUAGAAGACAAACUAGCGGCGAAUGUUGAUGCCACAAGGACGCGCGACAUACGGACAAUGGCGGCAAUGACCCAAGUCAAGGUGAACAGAACCCGCCGGGUGAAAGCGCGGGACUUCUUCAACCUCACUGUGUACCACUCAAGCGGGCAAAGGCUGGACUGCGGUAUUGAAUUAAUCUUUCGCGACAAUGCCCGUGGCGAACCCGUUGGUGGAGAUGUGCUUGUUUGCGAAGUUGACGACACGAGCAAAUGGCUCCUCUUCGCUCCCAUUGAGCUGAACUCCAUAUCCGCGAGACGUGGAGAGGACGGAUUCGACCUUGUCAUUAUGGUUCGGGGCCUGGCCGGCUUAGGCAAGGAAUGGCACGAACUGCUGGCACUGAAGACUGACGACAAGGAGGCUGUGACGGAAUGGAUGAAUAUGCUCGGUUCCAACCCUUUGCCGCCGAGGCUGAAUCGUACCCCCGAUUUUGUGCAUCCUCCUACGCCAUUGGCCACCACAGCAACCGUCGAAUCUCAUCCUGAGGAAGCAAAGGCUAAUAGUCAGAUAUCCGAUAAGGUAACCACCGCGGAACAGUUGGAGGUCCCCAUCGGUGAGCCAUCUGUCCUCGGAGCCCACACCAAGCCGAGCCGUGGGUCUGGGCCCAGCGUCCCUCUAGUCCACAGGCCCUCGCCAGGACUGAGUUUAGGAGGCGGACUGGCCACGAAGCCUGUUCCGCAAUAUCGGGUGCCGCCAACCACAAUAUCAAGAAAGCCUGUACCAUCAGCGGUGUCUUCUGAUCGAUCCACCAUUUCGAAUCGCUCGAUCGGAGAUUCUGCGACAAUUCUGACCACAUCGUCUAAAACAACAUCGACAAGACCUGGAUAUCCGCCCGACCAGACAGAAAAAUCCGAGGCGUUUCGAUCUUCCCGGCAGCCUGUCAUACAACGACCUUCCGAAGAGACAAGGAAGCAGAUUCAGAGCACCGAGAACAAAAAUGUCUCAAAGGCCCAAAAAGGGGCGCACGCCUCUGGCGGAUGGCCGUCUUCUCCAGAGUCUCAUCUCCCCCAAGCUCCGAAGUCGACCGCUGCGACCGCUCAGUCUCAGUCGCAAACACCCAAGCAACAGCCCACCACCUCGUUACCCUCGCCUAAAGCAGGACCCGGGGCACCCGCACAAAGGCCUGCUUAUCAUCGAGCAUUGUCAUCAACACCAUCAAAAGACCUCCCUACUGUCAACAAGGUUCGCACUCAACCGGCUCACCAAACGCCGUCCUCGGUGCAAACAACGCAAUCAUCACCUGAGGUGCAACGGCUGUCAUCAAAGGAAGAGCCGCGGGUACAUCAAUCGAGCCGUGGCCAGAAGAGCUCACCGAGGAGCAAGAUCUAUACAGAAGAUAUCCCAACACCGCCUUCCCACCACCAACGUCAAGAUCGCCCCUUGCGACUGAGUCUUGGUGUUUCUCCCUCUCCUCCAUCCACUCCCCCUCACCACUCCGGAGUCCUCCUGCCGGUAUCAAACAAUAAGCCAAACCUCAUCCUAAAGCCUACACCGAGCCCGUCUGAUAAAACGUUGAAACGGCGGACGUCAUCACCUCUCAAGCACGAAUAUGCGCCAUCCACAAGCUCCGGCAGCUCCUCCGACUCCGAUUACGAUAGCGAGAGUGACACAUCUUCUGACACGUCGGAAGAUGUGGUAUCCGAGCAUGGAGAUGUACCAACACCUCUUGUUGCAAUCACUGGGGCUGAUCGGCGAGCGUCCAAACCAUCCAUGCCCCCCUCGAUGCCUCCAUCGUCGUAUCAAGGUACAGGCGCCUCUACAGGAACACGGACGCUGGCUCCCUCGGAUUCAGCUUCUCAAGGGCCUUACCGCAGGGUUCCAUCAUCUGUCACGGUCCCAGCCAACAAAAAGUCGAGGACAAUCGCAUUGAUCUGCUCGUGGUCAGAUAGAGGCAUGUGGGAACAGAUCCACCCUGACGAGUGCUCCAUUGUCAUAUCUCCAGGUUUAAUUGAGGCUUUUGAGAUGUCAGCAGCCCAUUCCGUCCCGCAAAGCCGCCCUACCGACGACUCCGACUCGGGGAUGUCCUCGCCCAGUCAACAACCACUCGUCGCUUUCGAGCUGACUCCCAUCGUUCCACUACGGAGAGGAACCGCGUUGGAUAUUUCGAUUCGGUCACCUCCAACGCCAAACUCGAGGAUCAGGAUUACCAACAAUGUCAUGUUUCGGUCACGCAAUCCCGAGGAGUGUGAAGCACUGUACGGCAUGAUCAACUGGGCGCGUUGUAACAACCCCACUUACAUCCAACUUCAAAAGGCACGUCCGGCUCGGCAGCCGCCAGUCACUUUUAACGUGGGACAAGUUUCAAACACCCGGGCGAAGUCGAGUUCGUGGUUCAGCUUUGGUAGUCAGAAGAAGUCAAGUUAUCGCGCGUCGUCUGCACCAACGCCGGCGUCGGUCGACUUCUCUGUCGAGAGCUCGGGUACCACGACAAGCGCUUUCUCCGCCUUCAAGAGAUUCAGCGUCAGCAACGCUUUUAACCUGAACCGGUCAUCGGUCCUUCGCAAGGAUGGCGGAGUGGGCACCAGUGGCUCGCUGUACUCUUCGAGCAGCGGCACCCGCACUGGUUCGGGUUCCAGUACUCCAGCCCCUAGCCAGGCUGGCUAUAUUCCCGGCCACGACGGACCAAACGUGCCAUCUACUAGCGCGGCCGCAGCCGAAGGGGGAGGCAUGGUCAACAACAUGAAGAUCCGUUUAUACGUCAGAAAAGGACAGCACUGGGAGAACCUAGGAGCCGCCCGGCUGACUGUGCUACCGGCGUCUCCACCACAAAGCGGCCAAACGACGCCGAAACAUCCAGCCGUCCUCGCAGGAGUCUCUCCACCCGCCACGCCAGGGCACUCCCGCUCGCCCUCGAACCUCACCCCUGCGGGACAACCGUCUACGCGCGGCCCUCGGCUCCCCAGCUCCAGCCACACUCCGCACCGCGUCCACGGGAAUGGGCGUGAAAAGCGCAUUCUCAUCACGCGCAACAAGGACCGCGACGUCGUCUUACUCGACUCGGUGCUCGGAGAAAGCUGCUUUGAACGCGUCAUGCAGACCGGCGUGGCGGUCAAGGUGUGGAACGAAGACGAGGUCAUUGCACACACGGGGGGUGUGACGUUGGGGAAGGAGCGGGUGUAUAUGCUCCAAUUCGCAGGGGCGAGGGAGGCGGGCUGGGUGUUUGGACUGGUGGGGACGUAUAGGUACGGGGCCGGAGAAUGA